ACAGCUGGUGAGAUACCAGCUAUUUACAAUGUGCGAGAUUCUGACAGAAAAAUAAAAAAAAAAUUAAGUUGAAUAGUAUCUAUAGAUAGAAUAAGCGAGGAUAGAAUAGAUAGGAUAAUUUCAAUAGAAAGUGGACUGACAUGUCCUCCAGUGAGCAUCUUCAUUUGUUCCUGCCCCCAUCCCAUACACACACUUCAUCUUUCGUCACACGAAGAAGCCUUUCAGAGGAUCAAAACCGUACCGCUUCUGUUGCUGUAAUUCUUUCGUAAUGACACAUGGCUUGAUAUUGAUGCGGUCUUUAUAAUGAAAGGUAAUUCAAAUUAACAGCGGAGGGAGGAGUGUGGGUAGGAACACAAUCAACCAGACAUCAGAAAUGCAAAAGAUAGUGAAAUGUGGAAAUGAAAGAAUAUGGGACAAAAAUUGGACAAAAUACAGGAUAAGGAUGCUAAAGAGAGUGUUCAAUGAGAACAUAAAGCAUUCACAUUGAAAGAUUACUGGUUUGAUCUGGGCAAACUUUUAUUUUCUAAUUGGUUUUAAUUCAUAGUGAUAUUCAGAGACAAUUAUACCUUAACUGUGAUAAUUUCUGAGUUUAGUGUAUAAAAGUACUUUCUGUAUAAAAUAUACAGUAUCCGGACGCUAAGAGCACUGCCCAUUAAACAUCAUUCCCUUGGAUAUAAGAGCAGGGAUAUCACAACAAUACACCUGGAGCAGGAUGUGGUUGGUUCUGCAUCAGGAACUUCCACAAACGAAGAAAGGAGAUUGCAGCUCGGAAAUAAGCAAAAGAGUUACUGAUCCAGCGUUUGAAGUGAUCUUUCAGUGCUUAUUAUUUUCAGCAAGAAUGGAAGUAAAUCCCUUGCACAAAUCCAACGCCUUGAGCAGCAGCAUUGCAAUGGAUUAAUAAUUUCAAUGAUAUUAUAUAUUGGAUUCCGACAGCCAAAUCCUGCCUCCUGAACAUACCGCAAAAGCAAACGCCUCCACACGGUGGAGACCGAAUGGACUCUCGGCAUUCCCUCUGGGACAAAGUAAUGGGCACAUUUCCUUUUCAGUGUCAUCACGUUGGACAAGACACGCAGGGAAAACGGUCAGAGACGUAAGGUAAUGCCCUAGUUCCGCCUGCGUUAUUGAUCCGAGAGUCAGAACUGCUCCAAGCCCAGCGGUGGGGGUGGGGCGGGGGGCAUAUCCACCUUGGCUGGGAGAAAUCAGAAAACCUGUCGCUCAAAGUAGCAGAAGCAAAAGAAAAGGGAGCGAAGAAUGCAAGUGUAGCUGUGGUCCUAGCUGUUGCUGCAUACACAGACAUCAGCUUGAUCAUCAGCAUGGGAAGACACACUUACAGACAACUAUUAGCUAUCUGACGUAUCCUGGACGGCGGCAGUAUAUAUUCAUUCAUUCAAACACCAUGCGUUGAAAGAAAAGCCAACGAUUUACAGAACGAAGGAAUGUAGUGACAGGGCUACAUUUUUCCUCUCAAUAAUGUAACGUUACUGGAAUUUGGAGUCUGUUGGAUUGACACAACUUCUCUCCUACUCCCUCAAGCCCGCUCCUCCGUGCUCUCGGGAUGGAAAGGUUUAACAACAGCAAUUUUUCCUACUCCCAGGAAAACCAGACAAACUUCUCAGAGGUGACGCUGACUUAUCAGGUGGUAACUUCAUUCUUCAUUGGGACUAUGAUCCUGUGCUCCAUCAUUGGAAAUACUUGUGUGAUCGCAGCUAUAGUGCUGGAGCGCUCUCUCCAAAAUGUGGCCAACUAUUUGAUAGGCUCACUGGCUGUUACAGACCUGAUGGUCUCGGUGUUAGUGCUGCCCAUGGCCGCUUUGCACCAAGUUCUGAAUAAGUGGACCCUGGGACAGGUAACCUGUGACAUUUUUAUCUCUUUAGAUGUGUUGUGUUGUACAUCCUCUAUCCUGCACCUUUGCGCUAUUGCUCUGGACAGGUACUGGGCUAUUACAGACCCAAUAGACUAUGUCAACAAGAGGACUCCCAGACGAGCGGCUGUUCUGAUCAGCCUGACGUGGUUGAUCGGCUUUUUAAUUUCAAUCCCGCCCAUGUUGGGCUGGAGAACCCCCGAAGAUAGAGCUGACCCCGAUGCCUGUAGGAUUAGCCAGGACCCCGGCUAUACCAUUUACUCCACCUUCGGCGCUUUUUACAUCCCCCUGAUAUUGAUGUUAGUCCUGUACGGGCGAAUAUUCAAAGCCGCCAGGUUCCGCAUCCGCAAGACCGUGAAGAAAAGCGAGAAGCAAAAAGUCGCAGACACUUGCCUGACUGUCUCUCCCGCCCCUUUCCAAAAGAAAAGCAACGGCGAGAACAGCAAGAAUUGGAAGAGGAGCGUGGAGCCCAAGCCCUCCUGUACCAACGGGGCAAUCCGACAUGGAGAGCAGGGCUCGGCUCUGGAAGUGAUCGAAGUUCAGCAGAACUCCAAAAGUCACCUCCAACUGCCCAACAACACCAACAGCCAAUCCCCAUCCUGCUUUGAAGCUCGGAAUGAUAAGAACAUUGAAGCGAAGAGAAAGGUGGCUCUCGCCCGGGAGAGGAAGACGGUGAAAACGCUGGGUAUCAUUAUGGGCACUUUUAUCUUCUGCUGGUUGCCAUUUUUCAUUGUAGCCCUUGUGUUGCCAUUUUGUGGACACCAAUGCUAUAUGCCAAUCUGGCUCCAUUCUGUCAUUAAUUGGCAAGGCUACUCCAAUUCACUCCUCAACCCCAUCAUAUAUGCUUAUUUCAAUAAGGAUUUCCAAAGUGCUUUCAAGAAAAUUAUCAAAUGCAAGUUCUGCAGACAAUGAUCCAAUUAUUAUUUUGACUAUGGUAAUUCAUUAUUGCGAUACAUUUAACGUGAAAAAAUGUUAGCAUGUGUUGACUUUCAAUAUUCACUUUAAUUUGCAAUUGUGACAUGAGGGCAAGUGGAUUCAUCCUGUAACAGAGAGGCUUUCUGUAGGCAGCUUUGAACAACAUUUUCCAGUAGGAAAAAAAAUCUACCCCGAUUCAGUGUUAACUUACUUCACUAACGGUAUUGUCUCUGAUUGUAGUUCAAAAGUGACUGCGUUGUUCUGCGGUUUAAUAAAAAAAACUGGACAUUGUAGAGAAGUCCAGUGCGUCAGAGGAUAAUUGCACCACUUACCCAAGGAAACUAAGUGUUGGCUUCACUAGAUGUGCUUAGUCUCACAACCCAUAUAGCAGUUCUACACUGUGUGUUGAGGUUUUCUGCUUAUCUUUACUUUGGUGAUUUGCAAAAUUGCAGAUUUGGCCCUGUGAUGGUUCGCAAUCGGUGAAGUUACUAUCAUUUUAGAUAAAAAUAAAA